AAGAGAGAUAUUAUAUGUAAUUAAUAUAUAUAUAAUUAAUUAUAUGUAAUUUUAUAAUUAUUUUUUUUAAAAAAAUAUUAGAGGAUAUUUAAGUAUAUUUUGAAAAAUAAAAUAAAAUAAAUAUAAUAAAUAAUAUGGAAUUAGUCUUUGUUAAGCUGUGUUUUAACCGACCUGCCAUUUGGCGGCACGCAAGGAAGCUACCUUUUCUUUCCGUAAAGCCACCCAACCUGGAAACACAAAGAUGUACCUUUCCCGACCAUCUCCAUAGAUUGGUGGGUGCAUCGUGGGUGUUUGGUUUAAUGGGCAUAACAUUUCAUGUCAAAGUGCUAAAAUAAAAUAAAAUAAACUAUUGUUUUCCCCUUAAUUUGAGAAUGUGAGCGGUGAUGGAAGCCCUCCGUUCCGUUCGAAACGGGGACGAAGAGGCGCGAUAAUAGAAGAAGGACACCGUGACAGCUCGAGUCCUCCGUUCCCCGGUGUGCUCCUAAGCGCUUCCUUGCCCAUCUCGCGGGAGAUUUGGUACUUCCGGUGGGGAUUCGGGCCAACCGGAGAUGGACCGCCGAGGCCAUUCGAGGAGGAGCUCGUCGUUCAGUAGCUCGCCGGCGAGGAAAAAGCAGCCAGAGAUCGGGAACACCGGUUGGAAGGCGCCCAUCCCUCGUUCUCUGUGCGCUCCCUCUAUUGCCUGCCUUGAUUCAAUCGGUUUCUACUUACAUUUUGUUUCUCGCAAAAAAUGAAUAUUCUUGUAAUGUUUGUGUCAAAUUUCUCCGAUCGGUGGGUGGAACAGAAUGAUGUUUUCUUCGAUCAAUCAUUUCGUUGUUCUAAUCGUAUGCCUCUACUUCUAAACGAAUGCAUAGAAUCGCAUCAAGCUCUUGAAGAAGAUGAUUGUUGCGGAAAUUUUUGGUCAAAACUUCUAAUUCUUAUCCUACUCUUUAUCUGUUGUACUGCUAAAUCAAGAUGUUCGCUGAUGAUCAUGAUGCUUAUGUUGUGAAUAAAGCAGGUAAUGUGAAGUACGUUCUUAAAAUUUUGGUAGGAGACUUUUAGAUUUGUAACUCACCUUGAAAUUGAUGACAUGAGAUUAAUCAUAUCGUCAGUUUCCUUGCUGACCUAUGGGAUGGUUACAUUUGAUGUGAUAAUUCAGUACUUUUAUACAGCUCCUGUUUCUUCUGGAAGCAGGAGUUUGAGUGGUGACAGAACCGUGAAGAGGCUACGAUUGUCGAAAGCGUUGACAAUGCCUGACAGUACAACGGUGCUGGAGGCUUGCCGACGGAUGGCUGCUUGUAGGGUUGACGCUGCAUUGCUGACUGACUCAAAUGCUUUGCUCUGUGGAAUCCUCACAGACAAGCAACCAGAGUCAUUGCCAGUGAGUUGGUGCUUCAGGAUACACCAGUUUCGAAAGUGAUGACAAGAAAUCCCAUUUUUGUUCUUUCUGACAUGCUCGCAGAGGAAGCAUUGCAGAAGAUGGUCCUCGGCAAGUUUAGACAUUUACCUGUCGUUGAGAAUGGUGAAGUAAUCGCUUUGCUUGACAUUGCAAAGUGUCUAUAUGAUGCUAUUGCACGACUGGAGAGAACAGCUGAGAAGGGAAAAGCUAUUCAAGUCACCGUGGAAGGGGUGGAGAAGAACUGGGGAACAUCUAUAUCUGGGCCUGGUACAUUUAUUGAAGCUCUUCGAGAGCGAGUAUUUCAGCCAUCAUUGUCAACAAUUGUUCAAGGGAACUCAAAGCAUCUUACAGUUUCACCAACUGAGUCAGUUUUAGCUACCACCAAGAAGAUGGUUGAAUUUCAAAUGAGCUCUGCAAUUGUAACCAGUGGAAAUAAGCCACUUGGAAUACUGACUUCAAGAGAUAUUCUGAUGCGUGUAGCUGCAAAAAAUCUUUCACCAGAUACAACUGCCGUGGAGAAGGUCAUGACACCAAAUCCUGAUUGUCGAGGCAUCGAUACCUCGAUCCUUGAUGCUCUUCACACUAUGCGAGCUGGAAAAUUUUUACAUCUUCCUCUUACAGACAGAAAUGGUAAUGUUGUGGCAGUCAUUGAUGUACUUCAUAUCAUGCAUGCUGCAUUAGCCACGUUUGAAAGCACUUCUGCUGUUGGAAAUGAGGCUGCAAUUUCCGUAAUGCAAAAGUUCUGGGGUUCUGCAAUGGCCACAGGACCUUUGGAGGAAGAUGAUAAUACAAGGAGUGAAGGAUCUACAAAACUGACUUCUGAGGUUACUGACAUGGUGGGCUCUUCUUACCCUUCUUCGAACCUACCUGAUAUGUUUUCUUUUAAGCUCGAGGAUAACAAGGGCAGGAUGCAUAGGUUCCAUUGUGAAACACAGAGUUUGACAUACCUCAUCACUUCCAUCCUUGAGAGGGUGGGCGACGACAUCAACAAGAAUCAUUUGGCACAGAUUCUGUAUGAAGAUGAGGAUGGUGACAAGGUCAUCCUUGCAUCCGACAGUGACCUAGCUGAAGCUGUGGACCAUGCAAGACUUGCUGGCUGGAAGGGAUUGAGGUUACACUUGGAUUACUCCGGCACAGGAGGUGGGAAGAAAGGUGGAGGAUCAAGAAGAAUGGACUUGUUAAACAUGGAUGCCUGGGCAGCGGCAUACAACAUGGUUGCAGCAGGAGCUGCAGUCAUGGCUGGCCUGGGUAUGAUGGCUUACUUGAAGAGAUUCGGGUCAUAAACCACAUCACCAAGCCAAGGAAUUCCAAGCAGGGAAGAAGGUGAAACCAGGCAACGCUGGUGUAAAAACAACCUUUGGUCGAAGCCAUCACCAACCAACCCAAUUUUGACUUUGGAUCUCUCUCUCUCUCUUUCUCUCUUUCUCCCCGUAAUUUCCUUUGACAUCUGCCGAACAAGUGUCGAUCAGAAGUAGGAAACGUUUUCCUUGGUAUCCUGGUGACAGCAUAAUGUUCUGCCUAUUGUCGAGUGCUUGUCGCUCUCAUUGUAAAAUAUUUGUGGCGCCCCUUCUGGAUCAAGUGGGCAUCGUUGUUAGCCAUGUUAUCAAGAACGUGGAUGGCUCCACUGUCUCUGGCCGUCUCCCUCGUGUUGUUGUUGCCUUUGUGUUCUUGGAAGGCACCUGUGGUGUUUUCGUUGAUAUUUCUGUUUUGUGGACUCCCAUUAAUACAUAGUCUUUUAUGGGGACGUAUA